CAUCGGAGAAUUUCAAGUCAAAGUAACAUUGAAUAGUUUACAAUGACACUAUUGAAGAAUUGGUCUUCAAUAAUCACAUUUACUAGCGGUGCAGUUGUAAUGUUUCUCAUGCGACAGAUAAAGUAUUCUACAAUUUAUGAGACAUUAAAAGAGAAAAUAUAUAAUUGGAAGAAUAAUAAUUACAAUAUAUCUGAAUUACCUAAUCCUAACUGGAUAAAAAUCGGUAAAGUCAAAGAGUUGCACAUACACCCACUGGCCUCAGGAGAUAGAACAAAAUGUUCCAAGUUAAAAUUUACGCCAUACGGGGCAAUUACGAAACAAAAAGGAUUGAUCCUUCAGGACAAAAUGUUCCACAUAUACGACGAAAAGACCAAACAAUUCCAAAACACACACACUAGAACAGCCAUACAACUGGUGAGGGCGGAUAUGUUAAGUGAGUCCCACGUACAAUUCAGCCUGGCAGACUAUAAAGUAACUAUUGAUUUAGAUAAAGAAAUAAGGGACAAUCGCAAAAUUGUGAGAGAGCUAAAAACAAGUUGGAUUGAAAUAAAGUAUAUUGAUUGCGGCGAAGAAGUUGCCAAAUGGUUAAACAAUACAUUGUGCACCUCUACUCUGCGGAUAGUACGAGUAGAAUAUGAUAUUAUCGACGAGCCAAUAAUGGAGAAAGAUAUGAUGAAGAAAAAUACUGAUGACGAAGCUUGGGAGAUAUUCUUAAAUUUAACCGGUUAUACAGUGAUAACGUUAGAUACAAUGUUAGAGUUUAUAUACAAUACUCAACAAUUUUUUAAAAUUCAACCACAUAUUAUCAUUUCGGCUCCUUCAUCUCCUAUUUUUGCGGAAACAAAUUGGGAAUGGAUCAGGAUCAAUAAUAUAAUCAUGAAGAGGAUUAUGCCCGUCUCGAACUUAACAUCAGUCCAGGAAUCAUUCAAGAAAAACGAGUAUCAUCAUCCGCCAAAAUUUUUGGGAAUUUUUUAUGGAUUGUUCACUACUGGAGACGCAAAUGUAAAUGAUGACGUAUAUAUUCAUAUCCCGAUGUUCUUAUUAUAUAAUCAGCAAACCAAAAAAAUUCUACACUGGUCAAAUACUGGUCUGUUGGCUUCAAUAUCUGUUGACAUGACACAACGUGGAACCAAGAUAUUUCGCAGUGCAUUACUGGACAAUUUAGAUGUUUUAAGUAUCACAGAGCAAAGCAUGAAAAAAAAUAACAUAAUUUGUUAUUACUCGUCAUGGCAUACCGGCAAACCAGUAAAACUUAUUGAUCAUGGCGAUAAAGCUGCCGAAUGGAUAACCAGGUGUUUGAAAUUUGACACACCUAUACGUUUAUUAGAAAGAAGCUGUGAUCCUUUAAUCGAGGAACCAAAUAUUAUAAGAGAAAAUUGGAUAGAUUAUUGCGCGAUAUACUCAACUAGAUCAGAUGAAAGGCCGGACAUGUUCGCAGAUUUAACGCGUUGCGUAUUAAUGACACAAAGUACGUUACGUACACUAUUUCAAGAGACAAAUAUAUAUAAAAGUUAUGUGAUUCGUCCAAAUAUUGUUGUUUCGACAAAUUCAACUGUGCCUUUUAGUGAAGAAGAUUGGGAAUGGAUAUCGCAUUGCGGUGCCUUUUUCAUCUUCGACCUUAAAGUACCAUCUAUUUACUAACGAGGAUGAUACAGCACAUUCAGGAGUUUAUUGCGCACCGAUCGUAUCUGGAGAAAUUAAAACAAACGAUGACAUAUACGUUUAUUAUAAUCCUGAUAAAGAA